GCUGAUAUUGCUCUCGGGUCAACAACUCUUUUCACAAGCUGUGCUGAAGCCACUCUAGCGGGUGAUGGUGGUUAUUGUCGGAUUUAUCGGUACCGCACAAUCCGCUUAGAAUAAAAUCGAUUUUCCGCCGGUUGCGGGACAGAGAGCAGCAGCGAGGAGCUCAGACCGGUCAUGGCAAAGAAGUCAACUCGAGGCUGGUUUGGAGUUUUUCUCGUUACAACGACCCUAGCCAUUACAGCGGGGAGUCCGGUCAACGCUCAGAUUUCCAGGGGCCGGUUCCAUCGCCCCACCAGGACAUCAGAGCCCCUUGUGGUACCAGGCCGUGUUCUGAGGGUUUACCUGAGCCCAGAUCAGCUCAAACGGCUGCACUUCAAACCCACCAUAGGCUCAAUCCAGCUGUCAGAGGGCCAUGAAGCUAAAUUCAACUGCUCCAUCGACAUCCCUGACCCCAGGCUGGAGGCCACCAUCCUCUGGGUGAAGAACGGCCAGGACCUGGCUGCUAACAUGCAGGUGCGCGAGCUCCAGACCUCCACCACAGACGGGGUUAUGACUCUCCUCUCUACUGUCAGCAUUAACCAUGUGCAGCGAGCGGAUGCUGGGGAGUAUCGCUGCAGACUGAGCAUCAGCACCACAACGGUCGAGUCCCAGCCCAUCACCAUGGAGGUGGAAGGUCUACCGACAUUCAUCCAGCAGCCAGAGGACAGGAACGUAACACGAAACACACCUUUCACGCUGUCAUGUGAGGCAGUAGGACCUCCAGACCCCGUUGUAAUCCGCUGGCUUCGAAAUGGAUUACCUGAUAGUGACUAUCACAACUCUCCCAGCAGCUACUCUGUGUCAGGUGUGGACAAGUACACUCAGUUCAGCUGUGAAGCUUACAACCAAAAAGGUGUCACAACCUCCAGAGAAUCAAAUAUCAACAUUAAAGUGCUUCCCGGACCUGUUUCUAAUAUUACUGUGACGGCGAGGCAGUCCAAUAAGAUGAUGUUGAGCUGGGCCCCUGGACCUGAUGGCUUCUCUCCACUAACUAAAUGCCACAUCAGGGUUAAAGAGGUGAGUCGGAGGAAAGGGGAAGUAAUGACCACCAGGUUCAUCAACGUCACCGUGCCGCCUUUCGAGUGCGAAGUCCCCGGGCUGCAGGCCAUGACGUGGUACAACAUGAGCGUUUCCUGCAGCAAUGAGGUGGGAGCCUCUCCUGUCACCAUGUGGAUCCAGAGCAACACCACAGAAGGAGUGCCGUCAGUUUAUCCCAGAAAUGUCACUGCACAUCUGAAUGACUCCUGGCUGGUGAUCAAGUGGAAACCUCCCCCAGAUGAUAAGAUAAAUGGCAUCCUGCGUGGUUAUGAUGUUAUUGUCAGACAUGGCGAACAAGUGAAUAAGAUCCACAGUUACAGCACCAUGGCCUUUGUAGAUGUGCAAGAAUUCAACACAACCUACAGUGUGGAGGUGGCUGCAUGCACACAGGCUGGGAGCGGCAUGGUCAGCCCACGAGUCUGGCUGUUUGUGCCAGCGGACAAAUCAACGGUGUACCCAUCAUCCAGCCCUGACACCAGGGUCCCAGACUCUGUGUAUGUUGUGCUGGGCGUGGUGUGUGGAUUCUGUCUUCUGCUGCUUAUCCUCUGGGGCGCUAUCUGUGUACACAACAGGACUUCUGACUCUUGGUUUGGGCGGGUGUUUGGAGGUGGAGAAAAGGAGCAGCCUCUUGUACAGUACAAAACGCAGAGAUCCUACAACCGAUCAGCAAUAGGGAUCACACUUGGGAACCUUGGUAUCAGUGAGGACCUGCAGGCCAAGCUUCAGGACGUGAUGGUCAUAAGGAACUUGCUCUCCAUCGGGAAGAUUCUUGGAGAGGGUGAAUUUGGCUCCGUGGUGGAGGGACAUUUAAGACAACCAGAUGGAACAUCAGAAAAAGUGGCUGUGAAGACGAUGAAACUGGAUAGCUUCUCUCAAAGGGAGAUUGAAGAGUUUCUGAAUGAGGCGGCCUGCAUGAAAGAUUUCAACCAUCCUAAUGUCAUCAGACUGCUCGGUGUGUGCUUGGAAGUAGGUGCAGGAAAUUUCCCUAAGCCCAUGGUCAUCCUGCCUUUCAUGAAAUAUGGGGACCUUCAUAGCUUCCUGCUGCGCUCACGCCUGGGAGAGAGUCCACUGUUCUUGCCCACUCAGACACUCCUGAAGUUCAUGGUUGACAUCGCUUCGGGUAUGGAGUAUCUCAGCGGUCGUAACUUUCUGCAUCGUGACCUGGCGGCUCGUAACUGCAUGCUGCGUGAUGACAUGACAGUGUGUGUGGCAGACUUCGGGUUAUCGAAGAAGAUCUACAGUGGAGAUUAUUACAGGCAGGGCAGAAUAGCUAAAAUGCCUGUUAAAUGGAUUGCAGUAGAAAGUCUGGCAGACAGAGUUUUUACUGUAAAGAGUGACGUGUGGGCAUUUGGCGUCACCAUGUGGGAGAUCGCUACACGAGGCAUGACGCCAUAUCCCGGCAUCCAGAACCAUGAAAUUUAUGACUACCUUCUUGAAGGACAGAGACUGAAGCAGCCAGGAGACUGUCUGGAUGAGCUGUAUGAGAUCAUGUACAGCUGCUGGAGGGCCGACCCACUGGACCGACCAUUAUUUCCCCAACUGCGAGAAAUGUUGGAAAAGCUCACAGAAAAGCUCCCAGAGUCUUUCAGCAAGGACGACAUCAUCUAUAUUAACACCAGCUUUCCUGAAGAAGACCCUGAUGGUGAAACACUUCCUGCAGAUCAUCCGCUGUUCAACUCGUCUCCGUCCUGCAGCCAUCACGCAGCAGAAAACUCAGUAGUUACUGCGGACAUUCACGGGAGCCUGGAGGAUGAGGAUGAUUGUGGUGAUGAUCGUUAUGUGGUGGUGAUCUCCUCUGAUCCGUCUCUGAGGUCUAUUGCAGCGAGCACUCCUCUUUUGUCAAGUGAUGGCUCAAGUCAAGCAAAUGGAGACAUGGUUACGGAUAGGACGGCUAUGGAUCGCAGCUCAAGUGACACUUCUUUCCUGCUGUAAUGAUCGGUACCCAGCAGAUCAAAACUGUAAUAAAACUGCCACCAUGGUUCCUCAGUACUAAACAGUAUGCCUCAUUGCACUGGGAGCACCUUGACUUUUCCUGAUGUGGACUUUCUGUAGUAUUAUCAUGUCAGCAGUUUAUGCUUUACAUGGCCAGCCUUCGUGUCAGUGUUAGGAAUAUUGUCUAUGUUUGUCAACCUCAAACAUGGUCAUGCACAUGUUCCAUAAGCUUAAGAUACACUGAACUGUGAAAUUGUUUACUGUAUUGAAUUGUGUGUUGCGAUGUAAAUAUAGAAAUGUACAGAGCAUUUGUAAAGUGAUCUUAUAUACUGUAAAAAUACACGAUGCAUAGAUUUCUUUAAGACUUCAUUAAAAUGAGAUACAUUUUG